AAAUGUUGUAAUAAAGACUAUUGAGCAUUGAAAACUAUUCAGAAAGACAAGAGAGAGAGGUUUCGUUUCAUUUUAUCAAUGGCGUCAAAGAAGAGCUUUCUCACAAAUCAAAGUUACAUUUUCCCAAACACCCCUUUCAACAAAAAAUCCUCUGAAGAAGAGGGUAUGUUUGAGUUUGAUGAAGCUGAGUUAUAUGACUCUUGCACCCCUCCCAAGAAGGGUGGUGGUAAUAGCAUUUCCGGUUUGAAGAAAGCAUCAAGGAAGAAUCUCGAUGGUAGAGUAAGCUCAAUAGGUCCAGCUUCGUUGCCAGUGAAUAUACCUAACUGGCCAAAGAUCUUGGAGGAGAAAAAGAAGAAGAAGCAUCGAAAAUGGGAGAGUGAUGAUGAUGAAGAAGAAGAUGAAGGUGAUGAUGAACAUAGGGUACCCCCUCAUGAGUAUCUAGCUAGGACUAGAGGUGCUUCUCUUUCGGUGCAUGAAGGGAUUGGGAGGACUCUUAAAGGUAGGGAUUUGUGUAGUGUUAGGAAUGCUAUUUGGAAAAGAGUUGGUUUUGAAGAUUAAUUAAUUUAACUAAUUAUAUGUAUCCGAGUCCACAAGUUUUUUUUUGGGAAGGAGGAUUUGGUUAAGGUGAAAACUAGUUACAAGAUUAGUGUUAUCAAUUUAGUUGAUUAGCUAUUUAUGUGUGAAAAUGAGAUCUAUAUGUAAUGUAAGUUAUAUAGUAGGUAAUGAGUUCUCAUUUUGGGGGCCUUACAUUUUUGAAGGGCUGUACUCAUAUAUGCUUGUAAUGAAUGAUUGAACCCUUUGAAUUUACUAUUUUCUAUCA